AAGAAGACGGCUUACGGCUCUUCCUGUUCGCUCUUGACUAGAGGACGUUGGUGUCACAGAGGAGAGGUGUAUAACAGGUGAAUAUCUCUUAUAUUUUAAGAAAAAAAGCAACUAAAGCCAUGUUUUCCCGUGCCGUGAGACCCACCGUUAGCCUCGCCCGGAGCUUGUCCACCUCUACCCGGAACAACGCUAAAGUGGCAGUACUCGGAGCGUCAGGCGGGAUAGGCCAGCCGCUGUCUUUGCUACUCAAAAACAGCCCCCUGGUGAGUCAACUCUCCCUGUUUGACAUCGCUCAUACCCCCGGUGUGGCGGCGGACCUCAGUCACAUCGAGACCAAGGCCAAAGUAACCGGCCACAUCGGUCCCGACCAGCUCGAUGCUGCUCUGCAGGGCUGUGAAGUCGUGGUCAUUCCCGCCGGUGUGCCAAGAAAACCCGGCAUGACUCGUGACGACCUCUUCAACACAAACGCCACUAUUGUCGCCACCUUGGCCGAUGCCUGCGCCCGCAAUUGCCCCGAAGCCAUGAUCUGUAUCAUCGCCAACCCCGUGAACUCCACCAUCCCCAUUACAGCAGAGGUGAUGAAGAAACAUGGCGUGUACAACCCCAACAAAGUUUUUGGUGUCACAACCUUGGACAUUGUCAGAGCAAACACCUUUGUGGCAGAGCUAACAGGCCUGGACCCAGCUCGUGUAUGUGUACCAGUCAUUGGAGGUCAUGCAGGGAAGACCAUCAUCCCCCUGAUCUCUCAAUGCACACCUAAAGUUGAAUUUCCAGCUGACAAGCUUUCAGCCCUGACACACAGGAUCCAAGAGGCUGGCACAGAGGUGGUUAAAGCCAAGGCUGGAGCUGGAUCUGCCACACUCUCCAUGGCUUAUGCUGGUGCCCGCUUCACCUUCUCUGUCCUGGAUGCCAUGAAUGGAAAGGAAGGUGUUGUAGAAUGUGCUUUUGUCAGAUCCAGUGAGACGGAGUGCAAGUACUUCUCCACACCUCUCCUCCUGGGAAAGAACGGCAUUGAGAAGAACCUUGGUAUUGGCCCGCUGUCUGCGUUUGAGGAGAAGCUUGUGGCCGAUGCCAUUGGCGAACUGAAUGCUUCAAUCAAGAAGGGUGAAGAUUUUGUGGCUAACAUGAAGUGAACAGGGUGCACCUAUUUAGUUCAAACCCAUCAGCUGUGAUUUACUAGUUUCGUCUUAAAUAAUGACAUCUGAGUGAAUCUCAAUGUCUGUCACAGCGUUUCCUCAUUUUCUUCAUCAUUUAGAAACAUUGCUUUGGUCCUUUUCUCUUCCCCUCACCUUCUCAAUUAUGGCUUUAAAUCUGGGUUUAUUAUGUGUACAUGUUAUAACAUGUACACAUAAUACAUGUAAAAACUUAUAUAUGUAUAUUUUACAAAUGUCAGUUUUACAUAUUCAUGUAAUGAGGAAAUACUGUCACACCUGUUGAUGCAAGUAGAUGUUACUGAUGAGCAAAAUAUUCACUCCACCAAUAAAAGAGUCAUAUUUAAAA